UGGCAUUUUAGCCAUCCGCUCUUGCGAACUCCAAUCUUGCGAAACCCUAAAUGCCCAAAUGUCUUUCGCCGAUGAGUUUGAAGCUAAUCUUGUCUCGCUGGCCCAUGUUUUGCAGAAGAAAUAUGCACUCCUGCGUGAUUUGGACAAAAGUUUGCAAGAAAAUCAAAGACAAAACGAACAACGGUGUGAGAAAGAGAUAGAUGAUAUAAGAAGAGGCAGAACUGGAAAUGUCACGCCCAGUACUUCUCUUACACAGUUCUCAGAGGAAGCACUCGAUGAACAGAAACACAGCGUCAGGAUUGCUGAUGAGAAAGUCGCAUUGGCUAUGCAAGCAUAUGAUCUGGUGGAUAUGCAUGUUCAGCAACUUGACCAGUAUAUGAAAAAAUCCGAUGAGGAGAUGCGCCGAGAAAAAGAGAAAGAAAAUGCUGCUGCAUCAAACCUUGAGAGCAGCGAAGCCGGGAAGGCAGGUGAAGGUAGAAGAGGAGGGCGAAAGAAGACAAGGCUAGCAACGGCAGCGUCAACAGCAGCAGCAGCAACAACUGGGACAAGUUCGACUAAUAUGGAUUUGGAUUUGCCUGUUGAUCCAAACGAACCAACUUACUGCACCUGCAACCAAGUUAGCUAUGGCGAGAUGGUUGCCUGUGAUAACAACGAGUGCAAGAUUGAGUGGUUCCAUUUUGGCUGUGUGGGUCUGAAAGAACAACCCAAGGGGAAAUGGUACUGUCCGGAUUGUGCUACGGUCAAGAAGAGCAGGAAAGGCCGAUGAUUUUAAAAAUCUUCUUGUCGUCUACUAUCCAACUUCUAUGUAAGCUGUUAGCCAUGGGAUGAUGUUUCUUUAGCUCUUUUGUUUCACAAAGUUUAUCUGAGCUUGAGCUAAUGAUGUGAUCCGAUCCAACAAUUAUACUAAACAAAGAAGCCACUGGAACAAAAUGUAGAGAUAA